UUUUUGACUUUUGUGCGCUUUUGCUUGUUGGGCAGUGUUUUGUUUUUUGUUUUUUUUUUUUACCCCCCCAUCGCUCAUGUAAAAUAGGUACCUUGGCCCGAUGAAUGUAGGGAAACACUGGACUACGCUACGGCUGACUGCGGAAACAAUUCUUAAUGACUUAAAUGGGGCUCUUUUCACUCCAAAGCAAAGUUGGAUAAUCUUUCAAACGGUAAAACGGUGUUCUCUGUGACGGACGACAAAAUAAACAAGAAUGCUCCGUCCAGAGUUUAACUGUGCUUUGGGACGCUUUUGACCUAGAUCUAAAAAGAACAUGGAUGCAAAUUUGAUGUGGACGAACUUUGAUCCAGUGCGUUGAGGUGUCUGCACAUAUGCAACGCGUGCGCAGGCCCUUGCCUACUUCCGGAAUCCGCGUUAGCUUGCAGCUGUGUUGUGUUGUGUUGUCGAUAUUAGCAUAGCGUGUAGAUGACAAGAGAGCCGAGACGUCAAGCAGGCGCUUUGGAGGUCACUUUCCUUUGUCCUGGCUCAAAAAACAAGUUUGUCGCUGCCAAAACGUCGUGACAACAUGGAUUACUGGAGUGCCUCGGAGGUGUACAAGGAGAUGGUGGUCCUCUACCUGGAGGAGGGCCGGCAGCAGGUCAACUCGUACUGCAGGGACUUGGAGCCAUGGCAGAUUAUCGCAGUGACACUUGUCACCACACUUGGAGCAGUCUGGCUUAAAGGAUUCCUCUUCCAACAAGAAAGUCUCCUUUCCAGAAUGAAGAAGCAGUUCUUUCGACUCAUCAGAAAAAUACCCUUUGUCGGCGGGGCGAUCCAGAGCCAACUGAACAAGGCUUUAGAUGACAUGUCUGCUAGUCUGUGCACUCUGAAGAAUGGCAUGAGUUACACUAAAAAGCUGCCUUCAAAAGGCCUCUCGCAGAGCCAAGUCCUUGACAAGAUCAGCGAGUAUCAAACUCUGAACGAAGUGCAGUGGCAGACUGGCUGUGUUUCAGGUGCAGUGUACUGGGGUGAUGAAACACUGACUAAACUCCUGGUGAAGGUGUAUGGAGAUUUUGCAUGGAGCAACCCACUUCACCCAGACAUCUUUCCUGGUGUAAGAAAGAUGGAGGCAGAGGUCGUCAGAAUGGCUUGCACGCUUUUCCACGGUGGACCCAACUCGUGUGGCACGGUAACUUCAGGAGGAACGGAGAGCAUACUGAUGGCCUGCAAGGCAUACAGAGACAUGGCGUAUGAACGAGGUGUCAAAUACCCAGAAAUUCUCGCGCCAGUUAGUGUCCAUGCAGCCUUCGACAAAGCGGCACAUUACUUUGGGAUGAAGCUUGUUCACAUUCCCCUCAAUACAAAAACAAUGCAAGUUGAUGUGAAGGCUAUGAAGAGAGCCAUCAAUAAGAACACAGCCAUGCUUGUAUGCUCAGCCCCCCAAUUUCCACACGGGAUUAUGGACCCGAUUGAAGACGUCGCAAAGCUGGCUGUGCACUACAACCUGCCACUGCAUGUGGAUGCCUGUCUGGGCGGUUUUCUGAUCGUCUUCAUGGCCAAGGCUGGCUACUCCCUUGCACCGUUUGACUUCAGAGUAAAAGGUAUUACCAGCAUCUCUGCAGACACUCACAAGUAUGGCUACGCCCCCAAAGGUUCUUCAGUGAUUCUCUACAGUGAUAAAAAGUACCGGCACUAUCAGUACUUUGUGGCUCCAGACUGGCAGGGUGGAAUUUAUGCCUCACCCUCCAUAGCGGGCUCCAGGCCUGGUGGAAUUGUUGCAGCCUGCUGGGCAACUAUGAUGCAUAUGGGAGAGAAUGGAUAUGUGGACGCCACUCGGAAAAUCAUCCAUGUAGCACGCAAAAUCAAAACAGAGGUUAGAAAGAUGAAAGGUGUGUUUGUCUUCGGGGAUCCACAAGUGUCAGUAGUGGCAAUCGGGUCAAACGAUUUCGAUAUUUUCCGUCUGUCUAACGCACUGACGUCAAAGGGCUGGAAUCUGAACACACUUCAGUAUCCAUCCAGCAUCCACAUUUGUUGCACAGUUCUGCACACCCAGCCGGGUGUUGUAGAACGCUUUGUUUGUGAUGUCAGGGAACAAGUUGCCAUCAUUAUGAAAAACCCCAGAGAGAAAACCACAGGAAUGGGAGCGAUCUAUGGCAUGGCCCAGUCCAUCCCAGACCGGUCCAUGGUAACUGAGAUCUCCCAAGGCUUCCUGGACUGUCUCUACAGCACAGAGGUGGCCAAUUCCAGCACCAGCCACAUGAACGGUAACGGCAAAGCUCACUAAAAGGAUCAGGGUUGUUCUGAUCCCACUGCAGAUGCGGAAACUUGCUCACCUCCUCCCAUUAUUCCGAGUUCAUCGCUGAAUGGUUGCCUUACCCUGCAUCGCUGCAGAUAAAACGCCUGCAAAGAUUUUUGUCAAAGCACAAGACAUCGUUGUAAUCAUCCCAGAGGCAAAUCACUCAAGGACUGGCUCUCUUAAAUGUGUUUUGAUGUUUAAUUAGUUCUAUAAUAUAGUGAAUGUAUUUGUCAUUAGUUUCAUUUCAAAAUUAGGCAAUCUGCAUAGCCAGCAUUUUUUUAAAAAGCCACAACAUUUCAGUUUGCUGCUGUCAUUUUCUCAAUCUCUGACUCAGCGCAAAAAAAAAAAGCAACCCAACAAAAAAGAAAAAGACCACUGAGAGCUUCAUGUUUUUCUGCGCUUGUGAAACAGGAUCCAACUGCAUGACAUCAGUUCUGUACAUCAUGAAAACGGUUCUCUAUUAGCAUUUUUAACUUUAAAAGCACUUCAAUGGCCAGGCAGGAACAAAUCCAGUUCCUGUUUAAACCACUCAAUCAUCCUCUCCACUUUUAAGUCCUCCUUUGAUAGCACUUAAUGUCAUUACUUUCAUUUGUUAUGCAUUUGUUGUACAUUUGUAGUUGGACUUGUAAACGGGGGUGGGGGGGAUUAUUUCAAAUGUGAAAGUGUUUUACAUCACAUUGUCGGACACAUUUUUGAAAUUGAACAGCUAGUGUAACCCAAAGCAUAACAGCUACAGUGUAUUAGUUGUCUUACUCAUGUGAUAACAAGACUAUAACUACAGGUAAAUCACAUUUAAAAGCUCAAUGAAGCAAUUGUAGCUGUUUUCUAACAGCAUGUGGUCAAGUGUAUGACUUCCAUAUUUUAAUAACUGUCCUAAUUCAAUCUACCUCACUUUGUACUUCUACUUUCAGAGAAAACCUACAGAGCAACUAUUUGCUUUUA